AUUUUCCUCCUUUCGCAUCACCGCAUAAGCAUGUUCUUGACUGGUGGGAUCGGUUGGAAAAGCAAAAAUUAAAUCAAACCAGAAAUCGUAGUUCCAGCUGGUAUAUUUUCCAUUUAUUUAAAGUAAUCAUCGGUUAUUAGUGUCGACCCUCAAAAUCACCACCCAACGAGAUGGUCAAACGGAAUCACAAGUACCAAUCCGGCGAGGGUGCCCAGUACAUGACCCGGAAAGCUGCGAUGCGCAAGCUGCAGUUAUCUAUGCAGGACUUUCGCCGCCUGUGCAUCCUGAAGGGCAUUUACCCCCGCGAACCCAAGCACAGAGUCAUUGCCCAGCGUGGUAGUACCGACAUAAAGAUUCUGUUCCACAAGAAGGACAUCACUUUUCUGCUGCACGAACCGAUCGUUUGGACGCUGCGAGAUAGAAAAAUUUUCAAUCGCCGCAUUGCCCACGCCCGUGCCAAGGGAAAUAAUUUACUGAAGAAUGUUCGGAUGGCAAAUUAUCCGGUGAUUAAACUGGAUCAUAUAAUCAAAGAGCGCUUUCCGACGUUUCUAGAUGCCGUCAAGGAGCUGGACGACUGUAUGACGUUGCUGUUUUUGUUUAGUACUUUUCCAGCGACAAAAGUUAUAACGAGGGAUUUAACAUCGCUGUCUAGGAGACUGACGAUUGAAUUCAUGCACUACGUCAUUGCGGCAAAAGCACUGAGGAAAGUGUUUGUUUCAAUCAAAGGAUACUACUUCCAGGCGGAUAUCAAAGGCGAGUUGGUCACGUGGAUUGUGCCUCAUUACUAUCCUUACCAGCCACAAAAGAAGGAGUAUGUGGACUUUAAGAUUAUGAGAUCUUUUGCUGACUUCUACACGGUGAUGGCUGGCUUCGUCAACUUUAGAUUGUACAACUCGCUAAACAUGGUUUAUCCACCAACAUUUUCCGUAUCAGUCGAUUCAGAGGAAAGUCAAACAAGCGAAGAAACGUUUGUUUCGGAGCGAAUUGCUGCACUGAACAUGGAUUUGCUUCGGUCGGACCAGACUGCCGUUGAGGAAGAAGAUGAAAGUAUUGACUUCCAGUUAUUGGAUGGCGAUAAAGAUUCCGAUCAAGCCCGGAAAUUACGCGAGGAGGCUGUUAAUCAGAACAAGCUGAAAACACUAUUCAAAGGGCUAAAGUUCUUUAUCAAUCGAGAAGUUCCGCGGGAACCACUGGUCUUCAUUAUACGUUGUUUCGGAGGCCGAGUGUCCUGGGACAAGAACCUAUUCGUGGGAGCCACAUUCGACGAAACGGAUGAAACAAUUACACACCAGAUUGUGGAUAGACCUAGCUUGAGCAAGCAGUAUAUCUCUCGGGACUACGUGCAACCGCAGUGGAUUUUCGACAGUGUCAAUCAGAGAAAACUGCUCCCCACCAACAAAUACUUCAUUGGAGCUGUAUUGCCGCCACAUUUGUCGCCAUUUAAUCGGGAUGAUGCUAUCUACGUUCCACCGGAGGAAGCUAACAUGCAGGCAGGGGAAGAGUUCGAAAAACCGACACGGGAAGAGGGAAUUUCCGACGACGAGGACGAGGAAGAAGUUCGAUUGGAGGAUGGUCGGAAACAGGUCCAGUUGGAUUUCGCUUUGGAGAAAGCAUUCCGUGAAGAAAAUGCGGAAGAACAAACUGUUGCUGAGAAAGAAAACCCAAAGGAAUCGGACGUUGAGGACGCGCAAGAAGUCGAUGAACAAGACGCCAAACGGAAAGAGAAAAAGAAGAAAAUGGCUGUGGUCAGCGGAAAGAUCUACAAAGAGAAUCCGAAGGAGCAAAAACAGCUGACCAAGCAGGAGGAAGCCCUGCGGGCACGCAUGGUCAAGUCCAAGCACAAGAAGUUGUACCGGAAAAUGAUGGAUAAACAGAAGAAGGCUACGAAAGAGGCAAAUCUGCUUAAGGAGAAGCGACAGCAAAUUGAUAAGAAGAAACGGCAGGAACAGACGGAGAAGAGGAAGGCCGAAAGGAAGAAGAUUUUGGCUCAUUGAGGUGUAGGAUGAGAUUUACAUUAUUUGUAUUCAAUGAAUAUAUGUUAAUAAUCAAAAA